AUGUUGGAAUCUACUGAUGCCGCCCUGGUGGGAACGAGCAUUGUGCUUGCUGUAUCGACCAUCGUGUCGGUGGCUCUGCAGUUGGACAGACAGUACAAGGUCACCGGCCAUCUGAACGCGAGUAAAUGGCUACUCGUCGCAAGUACAUUCUUCGCGUUGGUAAUGACGAGUCUCGUGUGUGCUGCUGCUGCCCAUGGACUUGGUGCUUCAAUCUCGCCCAAGGAGUUCGCCACGAGAGAAACACUUCAGAAGCUUCUCAUUGCGGCUUUCCCUCCUUACUUCCUCUGCAACAUGUUCGUCAAGCACGCUUGGCUUACAUUUUACUACGGCCUGGCACGCACACGCCCACAAACAUGGUUCAUCCACUUCAUGCAAUUCAUCGCAGCCGCCUUCGGAAUCAGCUCCGUCCUUGUCACCAUGCUACAAUGUGUACCGUUGAGCCAUGUGUGGACGAGAUGGCUGAUUCCCCCGGUUGAAGAUGGCGCACAGUGUAUCAACCUAAUGGCCUUCUUCUACUUCAACUCGAUAUUCAUGAUUGCGAAUGACACCGUCAUGUAUUUGAUACCAAUUAUGUUGCUACGAAAUGUCGACAUGUUGAGAGGUCACCGCUGGGGUAUAUACACACUGUUCGGGGUUGGUGGAAUCGUCGUACUGGCGAGCAUUCUCCGCCUUGUCGCCGUUCAUGAACUAGGUCAAUCGAACAACUUCUCCCAAAAUUACGCACUCGUUUUCCUAUGGGCAGCAGUCGAAAACCACGUUGGUAUCUGCGCUGCAUGUGCAGGUGCAGUCAAGCAAAAAACCAUUGGCGCCGUCGAUACCAUCAGACGGUCAUACAGCUCAUUCCGGCAUAAGUCAUGGCCCCCGCCCUCGUCGACCCUCCGGACUCAGAGUACCGAAGAACGAACCCUGUAUGAACGCACCGAAAGCAUCCCGAAAUCUUCAUUAGGCUCCGAUAGAAAGGAUCUCGGAAUGCGGAUGGAGCUGUACCAAUUCCCCGCUAGAGCUGACAGGACAGUGGAAUUGCAGGCGUAG